CCGUGAUCACCAUUGGUGUUUCGUGGGGAUGGAUGAGCUGUGGUGUACGGAGUAAGAGUCGGCGGCAGGGACGUGAAACCCAGCACUGCUGAUUGGCCAACCCCGCGCCAAGCACUGGACGGACUCCGAGGACGGCGCCAGUAAUCCGUACAUGUAAAUAUAUUCAGAUGGAAGACUCACUCUUCCAGCCACCACCACAGUCAUGUCUCUCUCGAGCCUCAGAGCCGCCGUCGGGCGCUCGAAGUGCGCCACUCGCUGGCCAUGCCUUCAGUCGCGAGCUCUCUCAAGUUCGGCAGCGCGGUUUGCGAAGAGGUCCGACGAUGAAUUGAACUUCGUCAGCCGGAGUGUCACCCAGCCAAAGUCGCAGGGCGCCUCCCAGGCCAUGCUGUACGCCACUGGAAUGACCGAGGAGGACAUGAACAAGGCUCAAGUCGGCAUUUCUUCCGUCUGGUACUCGGGAAACCCUUGCAACAUGCACCUGCUGGACCUGAACAACAAGGUUGCAGAGGGCGUGCGGCGGUCAGGCUUGGUCCCCAUGCAAUUCAACACCGUUGGUGUCAGUGAUGCUAUUUCCAUGGGAACCAAGGGCAUGCGCUACUCACUCCAAUCGCGCGAGAUCAUUGCAGACUCGAUCGAGACGGUCAUGGGUGGUCAAUGGUAUGAUGCGAACAUCUCCAUCCCCGGUUGCGACAAGAACAUGCCCGGUGUCAUCAUGGCCAUGGGCCGCGUGAACCGUCCUUCCCUCAUGGUCUACGGAGGUACCAUCCAGCCCGGUUGCGCGAAGACACUGAACAACCAGUCCAUCGACAUCGUCUCCGCCUUCCAGGCGUAUGGCCAGUACAUUACAGGGGAGAUCAAUGAAGAGGAGCGCUUCGACAUCAUCAGGCAUGCCUGCAAUGGCCAGGGAGCUUGCGGAGGCAUGUACACGGCUAACACCAUGGCCACAGCCAUUGAGACGAUGGGCAUGACUCUACCCGGAUCCUCUUCGAACCCGGCCAACUCGAAUGCGAAGGUGUUGGAGUGUCUGGCAGCUGGUGGGGCGAUUAAGAACCUCCUGAGGGAGGAUAUCCGACCCAAGGAUAUCAUCACCCGGCAGGCGCUCGAGAACGCCAUGGUCGUUGUCAGCAUUACUGGCGGAUCCACUAACGCCGUCCUUCAUCUCAUCGCCAUUGCGGACUCUGUCGGCAUCACGCUCACGAUCGAUGACUUCCAGAAAGUCAGUGAUCGUAUUCCGCUGCUCGCAGAUCUCAAGCCUUCCGGCAAGUACGUCAUGGCCGAUAUCUUCGACAUUGGUGGAACUCCCGCGCUCCUGAAGUUCCUGCUCAAGGAGGGCGUCAUUGAUGGGAGCGGCAUCACCGUUACCGGAAAGACCAUGAAGGAGAACUUGGAGAAUGUGAAGGACUUCCCGGCCGAACAGAAGAUUAUCCGUCCCAUGAGUGACCCAAUCAAGCCCACCGGUCACAUACAGAUUCUGCGCGGAAACCUGGCUCCUGGCGGCUGCGUCGCUAAGAUUACUGGAAAGGAGGGUACAGUCUUCACCGGCAAGGCUAAGGUCUAUGACGCCGAAGACGACUUCAUUGCUGCACUUGAAAGGGGCGAGAUCCAGAAGGGCGAGAAGACAGUUGUUGUCAUCCGGUAUGAGGGGCCCAAAGGCGGACCAGGCAUGCCGGAGAUGCUUAAGCCCAGCUCCGCCAUCAUGGGUGCCGGGCUCGGCAAGGACGUUGCCCUUCUCACGGACGGCCGUUUCAGUGGAGGAAGCCACGGCUUCUUGAUCGGCCACAUUGUGCCCGAGGCCCAGGAGGGUGGACCUAUCGGCCUCGUCCAGGAUGGUGACGAGAUCACCAUUGACGCCGAGAAGCAGCAGCUCAAUUUCAAUGUCAGCGAUGAGGAGUUGGCGAGGAGAAGAGAGAAGUGGACUGCACCCCCGCUGAAAUAUCGCAAGGGAACGCUGUUCAAAUAUGCUCGCUUCGUCAAGGAUGCCAGUCACGGCUGUGUGACUGAUGCCGAGUAAAUACCUUUUGGUCUGUUCCUCUUGGAUGGUUGGCGUAUUUUCAGGUAAAAGCUGGAUGGGCAUGUUUAGGAUGUGUACUGGAUUUGGCGCCACAUAGCAUGAGCGAGCUGUUUUGAUAUAUCCAUUAUAUAUACCUGAAAUAAAACAAAUAAGUAC